AUGACCUCCCCCUCCUCCACCCAGCCGGCCAAACGCAUAGUCAUCCUCGGCGGCGGCAUAGCCGGUAUAUCUACCGCAUACUAUCUCUCCCACUCUCCGUCUCUGCCGUCAGGGAGUAGCAUCACCAUCAUUGAAGGGACCGACAUAGCCGCGGCCGCGUCGGGCAAGAGCGGGGGGUUUCUGGCGAAGGAUUGGCAUGGGGCCGCUACGGCGAGUCUGUCGGCCAUGAGCUAUGAGCUCCAUGCGGAGUUGGCGGGGAAGUAUGGGGGAAAAGAAAAGUGGGGGUAUAGGGUUGUGGAUACUUUGUCAAUCACUACCGAUGCUACACGGAAGACCAAGAAACAACCCCCUCUCCCUUGGCUACCACACGACGUCCACUCUUCCCGGUCCCUAGGCAGCACGAAGACGAACGCCCAAGUCCAUCCUGGACAGCUCACCAAGUUCCUAGCGGACCAAGUCCUCUUCAAACCCAACACAUCGCUGCUCAUCGGUCGAGCGAGCUCUUUGUCUACAUCCGCCUCUUCUCCACCAACGCACACCAUCAGAGUGGACACGAAAGGUAGGGAAGAGGAGGUCGAAGCGGACGUAGUUGUCAUUGCCGCCGGACCAUGGACGGGCGGGCUCGCGAAAGAUUUACUUGGAGAGAAAGUCGGCUUGAGGUUGGGUGUAGAGGGACACAGGGCGCACAGUGUGGUCAUUCGGACGAAGGAGGAGUUGUCGGCGCAUUGUUUGUUCACGAGCAUGACGAUGAAGGAUGGGUCGAUGGGCGAGCCAGAAGUGUACGCACGGCCAGAUGGUACUGCAUACAUAUGCGGAGCAGGCGAUAAUGAGCCCCUCCCUCGAACAGCAGCCGAAGUCUCCCCAUCAUCUGAUGCAAUAAGCAAGCUACACACCCAGUCCCGCGCGCUUUCGCCCCUGUUUGAUCCGGCGAACGGGGCCGAGAUCAUCGCGGAACAGGCGUGUUUCUUGCCCUUAGCAACAAGGGGGAGGCCAUUAGUGGGGAAAGUGCCCGGAAUAGAGGGCGUAUACGUCGGAUCAGGAUUGAGCUGCUGGGGUAUAACCCAAGGACCGGGAGUCGGCAAGUGCCUUGCCGAAUUGAUCCUUGAGGGAAAGGUCAAGUCGGCCGAUAUCUCCAAGCUUGCACCUUGA